AUGGAGGCCAUUGUCAAGGGACAGAGGGAACGUAAGGACCGAUUUCCGAAGAUCAUUACAUGCCCCCAUGAGAUGGUAGCAAUGUCAAUGGCUGAUGGCUAUGCGCGUGUUAGCGGGACUCCCCAGUGUGUGCUAAUCCACGUUGACGUUGGCACUCAGGGACUGGGGCCUGCAGUUCACAAUGCCUCUGUUGGCCGUACGCCUGUUUUUAUCUUUGCUGGCUUGUCUCCUUUCACUCAGGAAGGAGAGCUUCGGGGGUCAAGAUCGGAGUUUAUACACUGGCUGCAAGAUGUUCCUGACCAGAAACAGAUAGUGGCUCAGUAUUGUCGGUACAGUGGUGAAUUGAAAACUGGGAAAAAUGUCAAGCAGAUGGUGAACAGGGCACUUCAGUUUGCUACCAGUGCACCUAGAGGUCCAGUAUACAUGGUUGCAGGAAGAGAGGUGCUGGAGGAAGAAAUCGAACCAUAUUCCCUAGACCAAAAACAAUGGUCUCCAAUCCUGUCCUCUGCUUUACCCCAGGAUGCAGUGGAGAACCUAUCAAAACGCCUGGUCAAUGCCAAAAACCCGCUUGUGAUAGUAGGGUAUACCGGCCGUGAUGAGAAAGGCAUCACUGAGCUAGUAAAGUUGGCAGAGUUGAUAAAGGGACUUCGCGUGCUUGAUACCGCCAAGUGCGAAAUGUGCUUCCCAGCCGACCAUGUUUCCUACGUGGGCGUGAGAGAUGCCAAAGACGCAGUCGCUUCCGCCGAUGUCAUACUAGUGGUCGACUGCGACGUCCCCUGGAUUCCUACGCAGUCGAGGCCCGCCCCUGAUGCAUCUAUAUACCAUAUCGAUGUGGAUCCGUUGAAGAACCAGAUGCCUCUGUUUUACAUCCAUUCUCAAGCAACUUAUCGCGCAGAUUCAGCCAUUGCCUUUGGACAACUGCACCGACAUAUCUCGGGCACAGCAGAAUUCAUGCAGACUCUAAAAUCACCGGAAUACCAGUCUCGUCGCGCUCGGGUGGAAGAUAUCCACAAAGCCCGGAUGCAGUUACUUGCAGAAAUAGCAGCUACACCAUCUGGAGUCGAUGCGCCCCUGAACAUACCAUAUGUGGUAUCACAGGCCCGCCAGGCAUGUCCCAAAGAUACGAUAUGGUGCAUUGAAGCUGUUUCCAAUGCUGGCGUGGUGUCAGAACACUUGCGAGCGACCUUGCCGGGCUCCUGGAUUAACAGUGGAGGUGGUGGCCUAGGAUGGUCUGGUGGCGCCGCGUUGGGUAUCAAACUAGCUACCGACGACAGGGACGGCGGCAAGGGUCAAGGGAAGUUCGUUUGCCAAAUUGUUGGCGACGGUACUUAUCUGUUUAGCGUCCCAAGCUCUGUCUACUGGAUUAGUCGUCGAUAUGAAAUACCGGUGUUGACCAUUGUGUUGAACAACAGAGGCUGGAAUGCACCUCGAAACAGCCUUAACCUAAUUCACCCUAACGGAGAAGGGUCUCGAGUGACGAAUGAAGAAUUGAAUAUAUCCUUUGCUCCCACGCCGGACUACGCUGGUAUUGCUAAGGCUGCUGCAGGAGGGAAAUUGUGGGCAGGUAGGGCUGGAAGUGUAGAAGAGCUGGCCACGAAGCUCCCUGAAGCUAUCAAAGCUGUCAUGGGUGGGACAGCAGCUGUACUUGAAGCACAGCUGAACGGCAGAGAAGGAGCUUAUACUGAAAAUUAA